UUUAGAAGUUUAUGAUUAGUUAAUUAAUUACAGGAAUCAGUUAUGAAUUAUUCUAUAGAAGAAAAAGAAUUAUUUCAACCUCCACUAAAGGAAGUCUGUGAUGUUUUUUUAAGUGGUUUAUUAAAAAAUUUUAAAAAUGCAUCUGUUACUAUUGAAGAAUGUCCUGAUUUGACUAAGGAACCCUGGACUCUUGCUUCUAAUGGAAUAUGUGGGACUCCAUACCUUUUAGAUGUAGGAGGAGUUCCUUAUCUUACACCCAAUCCUCAAUUUCAUAAGAUUUACAAUUAUGAAACAAUUGCUAAAGUUUUACCAUUUGAUAAUGUCCUCAUUCUUGGUUCAGGUGCAGGACCAUUUCAUAAAAUUGGCUAUAAUUGUGAGUUAAUGGCUAAUAUGUAUAUUAGUAAAGUUUUUAAAAAUGAGUCUCGAAUUGCAUCUAUCGACAAAAAUGGUUCAUAUGAGCUGCAAAUUAAUCAAGAGAAAGAAUUUGGAAUUCUUGGCAAUUUUCUUGCCUCUGAGGGAGUACCUGGAAAGGUCAUUAAAGUCAAUGCUAGUGUAAGAAAAGGGGGAAAAAAUUUUAUUGAGUGUAUUAGAGAAUCUUUAAGGGCAAAAUAUCCAGAUAAUAUGAUUGGUAUGGGCGGUGUAUUUGUUAUCAAGUCUGGUAAAGCUAAAAUUCAUGUCAUGCCUGAUUUUUCAUGUUCUCCAUUAAAUACAAAAGAAGAUGUUGACAAUUGGCUGCGUUUUUUUGAAAUGUCUUCUCCACUUGUUUGUUUAAGUGUCUUUUACAAUAUUGAUCAAGGAAUGGACCUUCGUAUUGAUCAUACCCAUUGUUUUAGUCAUCAUGGAGAUGGUGGACAUUAUCAUUUUGAUACCACGCCAGAUGAUGUUAGUUAUGAAGGUUUUUUUGUUUUGGCAGAAAAAGUUUUAAGAAUUGAUCGCCCAUGUUAAUUUUUUAAAUCUUUAUUUAGUUUUGAAACAAAAUAAUAUAAUGGCAAUAAUAUUAUUAUUUGUGAAAAAAAUA